GACCAGGUCUGCUUGAAUCGAAGGGAUAACUUUCAUGAACACACCCAAAAUCGCAGCUAGUCAGAGGCAAUAUUUUGAUAGAAUGACUACUCUUGUUGUGAAUGCGAUACAACGCCUGAUUGUCUAAUAUUAGUUGACAGUUACAGUCAGUGUUUCACACUGUGAGUUAACCUACAUUAAACAUUACUUCUUACAUUCGAAUCCACGCAUCUUAUCUAGCUUGCAAGCCCGCUAACGGGUGCCUCUCCUGCAUCAGCUAUACAAUGGAUGAAGAGUUAGACUGCAAACCAAGUGUUACGCCCACUUGUAAGACUGAACCGGAUCCUAUGGAACCGAUGGAUGCCAUACCUAACAUUAAUGGUUUAGAAGCAGAACAUUUGGGAAUUAAGGUGGAGGUCAUUGAAGUAGAAAACCCGAAAGAGGAGGAGGUGGAUGAAACCUAUUCGGAUGCCCCGCACACCUCAUGCAAAAAGCGUUUUAACUCUGAGGAGGAGGCGAUACUGUGCAGGGAGGUGCUCGCCCACUGGGACGAGCUCUUUGGCCAGCGGCGCCACCUGCUGCCCAGGGCAGGCCGAGGUUCCAUUUGGAACGAGGUGGCGGCGACCGUCCGGUCCUCGUCCGGGGUGGCUAGGGAGGGCGAAGAGGUCCGCAAGAAGUGGUACCACUUCAACAACCAGCUGAAAGCCAAGCUGGCGGUGAUUAGCGCCUCGGGAGGAGAGAACGGGAACCCCGGGCCCGAGGCGCUCAGUGAGCUGGAGGCUGAAGUGGCCUCUAAGAUGAAGGAGACGACCGCUAGAAGAGAUGCUGGACGCGUAGCCCAGGGAUUACCACAGGAACUUGACAAAACCUCAGUAAAAUGCCAGGCCUACCACAAGCGCUUCAGCAAAGACGAAGAGGAGAUUUUAUACGAGGAGAUCCUGCAACACUGGGAAGAGCUUUUCGGCGAACGUCACAACCUCCUACCUCGCGGCGGCCGCUCCGCAAUCUGGAACAACAUCGCCGACAAGAUGAACGGCAAGUCCGGGUCGAGUGUCGCCCGCGACGGGGAGGACGUGCGGAAGAAGUGGUGCAACCUCAAGAAGCGACUCCAGCCGAAGCUUUGUCCAAUGGCAGCCAUCCAGCCAGGGGAGCUUGGAGAGGGUGGGAGCACUGCAGAGGAUCUCAGCCUGUUGAAGCAGAAGAUUGUGUCCAGGAUGAAGAAGGAUGCAGCUGACAGUGAGACGGGGACUAGCACCACCUGUAGCCGGCGUUUCUCCAAAGAGGAGGAAGACCUUCUCUACGCUGAGAUUCUCAACCACUGGGAGGCGCUGUUUGGCGAGAGGAACCAGCUCCUGCCCCGCGGCAGCAGCGCCCCCGUUUGGACCCUCGUCACGGCCAAUCUGAACGCCACGCCGGGGGCCCGGCCCAGAGACGUGGAGGAAGUGCGCAAGAAGUGGCACAACCUGAAGAACCAGCUGAAGGCCAAGCUGGCGCCCGCCUGGGCAUCGGAUGGCAGAGGCGGAGGUCAGCAGGGGCUCGUCCAGCUUACGCCACUGGAGGAGAGGAUCGCCUUCAGGAUGAAGAUGGCCAUCGCUGGGUCGAGGGCGCCCAACGACUGCGCCGGGACAAUCCUUGGUGACCCAUCGCAGACUGAAGAGAGCAUGUCCGACCGCUCCAACACAGAACAUCUGUUGCAGGACCCCCUAGCUCCUCUUUCUCCCCCUCCAUCUCCGUCUCCUCCUCCUCUUCCUCCAUCUCUGCCUCCUCCCCCAUCCACGGUGAUCACAUUGACGCCCCAAGCCGUUCAGAUGAUCCUGACCAAACAAGAUGAAAACAACCGUCUGCUGAGGGAGACCCUCCAGGUCCAGAAAGCCAGCCUCGAGGUCCAGAAGUCGUGCGUGAAGGCCUUACAGGAAGUGCGGGUGGCGCUGGUGGGCCUCGCGGAGUUCCAGAAAGCCCGGGUGGAGCUGGGCAUGAAGUCCGCCGGACCGCUGGGACAGUGCUGCGCUCCACCGGGGGCUUCGCUCGAGCAUCGCGGCUCCGCGGAAGCUGCUCUUGUGGAUCCUGUGCAAACGCUAGCCAGCGCGUUGUCUGUCGUAGCCAGCACCUUCCCUAGUUCUGACACCAGCGGCACCACCACCACCGUCACACCGACCACCACCGUCACACCGACCACCACCGUCACACCGACCGCCACUCCUCCAUCAGCAGGCCUACCACAGCACCCCUCCCCUCCUGUCUCCCCUCCAGGGGGCGCUGUUCCUCCACAAGCUCAAAAGAAAAAGAGAGGACGACCACCAAAGAACAUAGGAGUAGCUUCUCCUUCCUAUGGGAAAAAGAGAGGACGACCACCAAAGAACAUAGGAGUAGCUUCUCCUUCCUAUGGGAAAAAGCAAAAGACCUAAUCCAGCCUUGAUUAAGAGAUAUAUAGUAUUAUAGAUAUAAUGCUGCACAUAAUAUCACAUAACAUACAAAAGUAUUUACAACAUAGAUUAUAUGUUGUAUGAUGUAUGAUGACAGUUCUAGUGAGAAGGCUGAGAAUUGGCAUAUGGGAACACAACUGUGAUGUUAUUUAUGAUAAUACAUGACAUGCAGUGUGACAAAACCGUAAAAAAGGAAAUCUUUUCUGGUAGUAUCUACCAGAGGGAGCCAGCAGGCAGAUUAGAUGUAUAGCCUUGCAGGUGCAUGUGCAGUUGCAUACUGCAUGUCUAUACUGGUGUGACUGAACUAGCAUUUCUCUUAUUUGGUAUUUUGCAGCAGCUUGCGCUCUUGGUAAAAGACUUCAAGCUGUGUUAUGCUGACUUCAUAUUAUAUUUUGUAUGUAGACAUAUAAUUAAACUGCUCAUUGUUGAAAUUGCACACGACCAACCAGCCACUGAAUGGUAUAUAACUUCAUGUUUGACCAAAUGUGUCCUUUGCCAAACAGCUUUUUUUAUAUUGUGAAUGUCAGGUCCUGAGUUUCAACUGUAGCCACCAAGUGCCUGAUAUAUCUAGUGUGUUUGUGUGAGUGUGUGUGAGUGAGAGAAUGUAUUUUUGCAUUCAUUUUUGUAUGCUUAUUCUUCUGUGUUUUACAGAAUUUAAUAGACAUUGCUUGCUACUACAUGCAAAUACAUGGGAAUAUUGGUCCCCAGUACUCCUCUAUUUUACUCUCUAUCAGCUUCCACACUUGGAGCAUGUCUUCUCUUCGCUCUCUCAGUCUCCUGGCACCUGACUUUAGGCCUUUAGUGCCCCUCAGUCUGCUGAGUGUUGUUAUGGGACGCAUCUAGAUUAGGUUAGGGCUGUGGAGCUAAUUAAUGCAGGCGAGACUGCCUCCACCGCCAGGCAGAUCAGGUGACCUUGUUCAGGUAUUUCCUGCUGGUUGGAGCCAGCACCUCAAAGACACGGAACCCUGUGGUUCUUUAAUUCUGUUGCCCUGGGCGGGCCCAAAGACAGAACCCUGUGGUUCAAUAACUCUGUUGCCCUGGGCGGGCCCAAAGACAGAACCCUGUGGUUCUUUAAUUCUGUUGCCCUGGGCGGGCCCAAAGACAGAACCCUGUGGUUCAAUAACUCUGUUGCCCUGGGCGGGCCCAAAGACAGAACCCUGUGGUUUAAUUCCGAUGGCGCUUGUGUAGCGGCCGUGGAGAUCUCGUGCAGGAGAUUGGAGUUUGGUGAUACUAUAGC